AGAGUAAAAGUGAACGGACGUAUGUUAUGUUUCGUCGUUGAUCGACUGUAAGUCGUUGAUUGUGUAUCGCUUGGUGUCACAUUUUUCUUGUUGUUUGGACGUUUUGAUUUGUCAUGAAAUCGGCAUUCUUUAAAGAUCGUUUAAAACAGAAUUGUUUAUUUUUUUAUUGAAAUAUCUGACGAACUUUAAUGCUGAUUGCAGUUUCUGUGUACAUGGGGAGAACAAAAGCAGAAGGAGCUAAGAAGUAUGCAUGUGUGAAUUGUUAAAGUAAGACAUAAAGUUACUCAAAUGCUUCUUUCCAAAAUUCCAUGAAUUUGCGAAUGCGCUCCAAAGUCAGUGAAACAAUGGUGAAGAAGCACAAAGGAGGAAGACGGCAAAUACUUCAGCUUGAAGACAAGAAACCAUCUCGAGGCUCCGCAUCAAAAUCACAAGAAAAAAGCAUAACACAUAGUAGUGAUAGUGAUGAUGACUCUAAAAAAUCAAGUGAAUGGGAACCAACAUCAACUGCUGCACUUAACAAGGAUAUUUGUCCUUUAGAUUCUCAAGUAGCAGAUUUUUUUAAAGAAAUUGAUGCUUUAACUGUUAAUGAACAGCCUGCUGAAGAAAGUACUGAAGUUUCCAUUCCAGAAGCUUCUUCAGAAGCUAAAGAUGUUGAGGAAGAAGGCGCUAAAGAUUCUAAACCAGAACUUCAAGAGGCCACAAUUAAUAAUGAAGUGGACACUAAUCAAUCAGUUCAGUUAGCUGAGGGAAUUUACUGUCCAUGGCAAGAAAUCUGUGAUGAAACAUCUGGUUAUAAUUAUUACUGGAACACACAAACAAAUGAAGUCACAUGGGAAUGCCCACCAGAUUAUGAAGCAUAUCUGAAAGCCAGAACAUCUGAUGAAAAACAUUAUGAGGUUCAUUUGAACGUCACAGAAGUACAGAAAAAAUCUAGAAGAGGGAAGAAAAGGAAUUUACUAGAACCUGCAAAUCCUGAAGGGGCUGUCAUUCCCAUUUCUUCUUUUGGAGGUUCAUCAUCUGAUGAAUCUUCUGGUGCUGAAAGUGAGAAUAGAUUAUUAUCUAGUUCAGUAAACAAAAGCUUAAAUGCCGAUUUGAGGCAGAAUUUAAAAACUGACCCAAAUAUGCCUUCUUCUUCAAAAAGCAAAAGUUUCAAGGAGGAUAAUGACUAUCAAGCAAACUCUAGUGAAUAUGCUGAAGUAAUUGGGCCACAAUUGCCACCAAAUUUUAAUUUCCCGCAGAGUGUUCCAUUACAACCUGAAGUUUCUAGGUUACCAAAUUAUUCAGCGUCUUCUAAAAAUGAAGUUGAAGAAUUUGUGGAAGUUGGACAUCAGCUACCUUCUGCUGCAACAAAUGACUCAUCUGGUGUUAUGAGUUCUGCUUCUGUUAUGAAUACUGAAACAUUAGUUAGUGAUAAUAUUAAUCCUUCGCAGUCACAUACUAAUGGAUUGUCUGUUGCAUCUUCUUCAUUAGAAAAUUGCUGGAAAGGAUCUCCUGUAAAAAACACUGAAAAAGCAAAUAAAAGUUCAGUUAGAGAAGUUGGAGAAGAAAGCCCAGACUCUACUGUAAGAAAGGGGGAUACUUUUUCAGAAAAUGGUGUUAGUGGAACUGCAAAUUGCCAGACGAGUAGUAGCACUAAUCCAAAACAUCGGCUUAUUGUGGAAUAUGACAGUUUUACAGAUGAGGAUGAAGAUGGUAGUUUUUCAGAUAUUUCAUCAUCUAAACAAACUGUUAAUUCUAAGAAUUCUGUGUACCAGAAUUUCAGACUUGCAGGAAAUGGAAGUAAAAGAGAAGGGGUUAAUGACUAUAACAUCGAUGAUGAUCAGCAAAAAGUUGAAAGUAAUGUAUCAAAAAGGAAAAUUUCAGAUGAGCAUAUGGAGAAGAAUAUGAAAAAAGCAAAAGAUGAGAAGAAGGAUUUUCUUGAUAUUGACAGUCUUUUUGCUGCACAUGCAUCCUAUGGAAAGUAUGGCUUUGGAUUCAGCAAACAGAAACAGUUGACUUUGGAAAAUGACUUUUGUGCUGUAGAUAAUGAUGCUUCUAAAGUAACAUCUGAUUCUAAAGCAGUGAAUUUUGUCAAAUCUGAUCAUGUAUUUGAACUCAAUACUUUAAAUGAGAAUAUUUCUUCCUCUAAGAGUUUAAGUAAUUCACAUAUUGUUGAAGAAAAACAGCAACUAAUAUCCAAUGGUAAUUGUGAUCUGCCUCCCAGUGAAACAGCUUUACAAAAGUUAGAUCGUAUAUUAAAAACAGAAUUCUCAAGAGAAAAAAAUACUGUGGCAGAAGUAAGAAUUUUGACUUCUGGUAAAAAGAUUAAAAGUCCAUUUCCUGCUGAAUUAAAUAUUGAUUUAAUUCGAAAGAAAAAAGAUACUCUUUUACAGGAAGGAAGAAAUGCCCUUUCUUAUAGCAGCAUUCUUUCUAGAAAAUUGGAACCUGAUAUAGAAGAAAUAGACAAGGCUUUAUGUGAUGCUCUCGAAGCCAAAAAAGCCAUGGCAUCUCAAAAUUCUUUAUCAAAGCCCUCUUCUUCAACUUCCACCAUACCUACUGUUAAAAAAUGUUCUGAAAUUGCCAGCAAUUUAAGUGUAAAAAAUAAAGAAACAGAUACUAGUGGCUUGAAUUCUACUAAUGAUCCAGAUAUGAUGAUGAGCAUCAUGGAUUUGUCUUCUGUAUUAGUGGAUAAGUUAACCUUCCUUUUGUCAAGUCACUCUUCUUUGGCAUCGCUUAGUACUAUUCUGAUUCAGUUACAGACUCGGCAUGUUGACUGGCAAGCUGGUGCAUUGGAAAGUAAGUACUUCAUGUCUCGACUGCAAGAAGUUAAUCAGUACCUUCAUCACUAUGAAAUGGCUUCACUUUCUGGGGACUGGAUUUGCCAGUGGAGCAGAGAAAACAAGAGGUACUUUUAUGUGAAUAACAGAACUCAGCAUUCUCAGUGGACAUACCCUGAAGAAUUAUGUAAUCAAGAAAAAACAUCUUGGAUGAACACAUCAGAUGUGGUUGCAACUUCAUCUGCUUCUGGCUUUGCCUCUGAGAAGAGAGAUGACCUUCAGACUGUAUCUUCAUCUGUGCCUGAAAGACAAUUACCAGAAAGUCGUCCUGCAUCUUUUGCAUUUGAUUCAAGGAAGGAAAGGGGUGGUGUCUCUGGGCAGUAUUCAGAUAGUGCUACUGGUUGGAGUUCACCCCCUCCUCCACCUCCUGGUGUUGAUUCUCCUCCUCCACCACCACCUCAGAGUCCUCCACCUGAUAGCCCACCACCACCUCCACCUGACAGUACUGAAGUUGGAGAUCUUCCUGAAGAUAUGGAUCUUGACUCUGAUGAUUCAGGUCCACUGCCUUUUAUCUCGCAAUGCAGUUCUGACAAGGAUAUGCAUAUGCAGUACCCACCAUUUAGGGCUCUGCGUUCACCUGAGAGAUCACCUGAAAAUUUUCCAAGUACAUCUAUAUCUAAUGCAGUUUCAUCUACAUCUCUAUCCUUUUGUGAUGACUUAAAUGUUCCAAUGAAAUCACCACAGCCAGUAUCCAACUCGCUUGAUUGUUUGGAUCCUGUAAAUAUGAUGUGGACUGUGACAAACACACAACCAUCCUGUAGUUCUGGAAACAACUAUUCUUUUGAUAGGGGAAAUGAAGCUCGUGUUAAUGACUUUCUUAGUUCUUCUACGGAAACAAAAGAAUAUGAAAUGUGUGCAAGUUCUAGCAGUGGAGGAAGUAUUUAUUCAUCAGACAGCUUCUUUUAUCGUAAAACAAGCCCAUACAGCACAGCCAUGAAGAAAGAAAAGAAAAAGCCAAAUAAUCUGCCUGGUCUUGCUUUGAAGAAAAAGAACAUUCCAACUUUAGUAGAAAAAUGGCAAAAGAUCAAGGAAGAGCAAGACAAAGAAGACAAAAAUUCUGAUGAUACUAAAAAUUCAAAUGGUGUAUGAGAGUUUGCAACCUAAUAUUUUGAGUAUAAUACUUAUGUUUACUGAAUGCUCUAUUUUGUUGAUAUACAAAGAAGAAUGGUAUCUUGUGUUCUGGUGGCUGUAUGAAAUCCUGCUUUCAGAUAGACAUAGUCUUUUUUCCAAAAGUUGCUUUGAAAAUAAUCUUCAGUGUACAAUUAAAUGUAUUGUUAAUUUUAUUUUUGCAUAUGAAAUAGUACAUAUGUGUUCAGAUGACUUAAAAAGGCAUUUGAGACUUAAAAAGGCAUAGGAAGGUGUAAGUCCUCCUUCACCAUGUGUUUGACAUCAUAUUAUCUUCUUUUUUAAUCUCUGGCUGUUUUUUAAUACAAAACAAAGCUGACAAGUUACUGAUAUGAACAGAAUUUAUCUGAACUGAGACUGAGUUUCAGUAUUGUGAUUUUUUUUAAGGUUGGUAUAUUAAACAGCAUCAGAAUUAACUGGUGCAUUGAGACUACUAAUUGUGCCCAAUGUGAUGCCAAUAAUUUUUUUAUGAAAUUAAUAAUGUAGAGAUGUAACACUACAAAAGGUUCUUUAUGUAAACCUACCUGAUCAUUGCUGAAUAUUUGAUAUGGGACCAUUCGUAAUGCUAUGUACUUUACACUGUUACCCACAUAAUGCUCCAUCUUUCAAAUUCUUUGAAUGUCAAAAUUAAUAAAAAAUCAUUUACGGAAGUUUAGAGAAGUUACCUAUAGGCUAAUCUUGAUAGCAUAGUGUAACAUGACUAAGAAUGCAGAAUUUGUGAGGGAAACAAUUGAAGCUAACCUAGGGGAAAAAAUAGGAGAGAUUUGACUUGAGGACUAGUCAAGGACUAGCAGUUUGGAAAUUUGUUAUUAUUGUGAAGAAAUAUCAAAAGCAAAGUAAAUGAAAUUAUUAUUAUAAAAAUGAUGCAGAAUGAAGAACUAUAAUUAUUAUGUAAAUCAGGAAUCAAGAACAAAAAUUUCAUAAAAUCAUACUGUUAAUUGGUUGGAAAAGAGGUUGAAAUAAACUGUACUUAUUAUUCAAGAGCAUUGACAAAAUUUUCUGUACUAUUUGUAAUCAUCAUUCAGAACAAAUGGUUAAAACUCGGUCUCAUUUUUGUAUUUGUCAAAUAUUUUGUUUGUAAUGUGUCGAAAUUUUUUGGUUGUGUAUAUUGGUGUGAACAAAGUGCCAGUUUCAUUUAUGUAUUUUUAUUAACAAAGUAUUUGUUUCUCAUGCAGUUGUAGAGUGGUAGGGAAUCAUUUGUUUUUUGAAUGUAAAAUUGUUUAUGUAUAAAUUUAUUAAAAUUGUUAUGAAAUUUUG